AUGCCCUAUAAGAAACAACCCAAAUUGAAGAAUUUUUCCCAAUCCAAAUUCACAAAGUCGAAGCAAAUAAUUAUGGAAGUCGGGAAUAAUCCUAAAAACCAUUUUGUCCUUGUGCAUGCGGCAGGCCACGGAGCAUGGAGUUGGUACAAGCUGAAGCCUCUACUGGAGGCCGCCGGACAAAGGGUCACCGCGAUAGAUAUGGCGGCGGGCGGAAUCGACACAAAGAGCUUAGAAGAGCUUCAUACACUGCAUGAUCAUAGCUUGCCGUUGCUGAAACUCAUGGAGGCAAUCCCUUCCGACCAGAAAGUCGUUCUCGUCGGCCAUAGCUACGGCGGUAUGAACUUGGCUCUUACCAUGGAAUCUUAUCCUGAAAAGAUCGCUGUUGCUGUUUUCGUCGCAGCUGUAUUACCUGAUGUUGUUCAUGCUCCUUCCUAUCCUAUGGAACAGUUUUUUGGUGAAAGCCCAGAAGAUGUAUUAAUGGAUACAAAGAUUUCAACUUAUGGUAGCCCAGAACAGCCAGGAACAUCAAUGCUCUUCGGUCCCAAAUUCUUGGCCUCCCAAUUUUACCAGAAUUGUUCUGCUGAGGACAUCGAAUUGGCAAAACUGUUGAUUAGGCCAGCUUCGACAUUCAUGGAGUAUUUAUCGAAAGCAAAAUUGUUUUCGGCUGAGAAAUACAAUUCAGUGAAGCGAGCUUACGUAGUUUGCAAGGAGGAUAAAGCAUUGACGCCAAAGCUUCAGAAUUGGAUGAUUCAGAAUUCUGGGUUGGUCAAAGUAGUCAAACAGAUUGACGGUGCGGAUCACAUGCCAAUGCUAUCAACACCCCAAGAACUUUGCCAAUGUCUCCUCCACAUAGUUGAUGAUUUGCUCAUUUAG